AGGAAGAGGAGGAGGAAAGGUCGCUUCAAUUUCAAAGACAGAAGCGACGAAGCCACCACAAGUAGGGCUUGCCACCACACAAGAGCCCACCGGGGGGGGAGCCCACCGGAGCUGAGAGCCACCACUGCUCCAACGGACUCCUUCUCUUCUCCUUUCUGCUUCGCCUUCUCUUCCUCUCGCUCUUCCUUUCCUCACUCAGAUCAGCUGCUUGGAGAAGGCAAACAAGUCUUCCUGGCCAAAGGGUCAGAUUUUUGGUUUUUAAGUUCGAUAGUUUACUCUCUUGCUUUCCAAAUUCCUGUUGUCGUGUGGAUUACGGUUUGUCUUGUUUAAACACCCACCAAGUUCGGCUUUUUCAAGCGUUUUGACUCUGAAGCGGGAUUUGGUGGAUGACAGUGUGGAAAAGAAAUCAAGGUUGACGUAGGCGCUGAGUAUUGUUGGCUUAAAGUUUCUGCUAGAGAACUAUUGGGGAAAUUCCUCUUGAUAUAUCUGGGUUUGUUGAGGGUCAAAAUAUUGGUAUGGAUGUUGCUAAGAGCAACAGUGGUUCUGAACCUUCAACUUCUUACAGUUGUUUCAAAGUAGCAAAUCUAAGCGAAACAAUACUGGACACUAAGCAGUCUGCAAAUUUGAAGGAUCGUUAUGUUCUUGGCGAGCAGCUAGGUUGGGGACAGUUCGGUGUUAUCAGGGCGUGCACGGACAAGUUGACUGGAGAUGUUCUGGCCUGUAAAUCAAUUGCUAAAGAUAGAUUGGUCACAUCAGAUGAUCUGCGAAGUGUCAAACUUGAGAUCGAGAUAAUGGCUAGGUUAUCUGGCCACCCAAAUGUUGUGGAUCUCAAGGCAGUUUAUGAAGAGGAGGAUUUUGUGCAUCUGGUGAUGGAGCUUUGUGCUGGAGGUGAGCUAUUUCACCGGCUAGAGAAGAAUGGACGAUUUUCUGAAUCUGAAGCCCGGGUUCUUUUUAGGCACCUUAUGCAGGUGGUUUUGUAUUGUCAUGAAAAUGGGGUUGUUCAUAGAGAUUUGAAGCCUGAGAACAUUCUCUUAGCAACAAGAGCCUCCUCAUCUCCGAUUAAAUUGGCAGAUUUUGGGCUUGCAACUUACAUCAAGCCUGGACAAAGUUUGCAUGGGUUAGUAGGGAGUCCAUUCUAUAUAGCCCCAGAGGUGCUUGCAGGUUCAUAUGACCAGGCUGCUGAUGUUUGGAGUGCAGGUGUCAUUCUUUACAUUCUACUUAGUGGGAUGCCUCCGUUUUGGGGUAAGACCAAGUCACAGAUCUUUGAAGCUGUUAAGGCGGCUGACUUGAGGUUCCCAUCUGAACCUUGGGAUCACAUUUCUAAAUCAGCCAAGGAUUUGAUUAAGGGAAUGCUCUGCACAGAACCUUCUCGAAGGCUCACUGCUCAGCAGGUCUUAGAUCAUUGCUGGAUGGAGAGCAAUCAAACAAAUCCUGAACAACUAAUUGAAUGUGACAUCCAAAGUUGGGGUGAAUGGGAUGUCGGUGAUAGCUCAUUCUCUGUCCCCUUUAUGCCCAGGAAUCAGGACAUCAGCUUUGGCGCUGAAUCUCUCGCUUGUGAUGCUCAAUCACCAACUUUCACAUGCAGAUCAUCAUUUUCUUCAUUUCUGAUGGAACCAUCGACUCCUUGUUCAGCUUUGGGUGGGUUUUCAUUUCAGAGUCCCAGUGAUUCUGCUGGUUUGGACUUCUCUUCUCCUGUUUCUUCAAUGCCUAGCUUUGCAUUUCUUAGCGCCAAUUCUGUUGUUGAGAAAAGGAGCUGUACAUUAGAGUUCUCAACUGAUGAAUCUGUCCAGGCAAUUGUUGAAGCAGAAUCAAGCUUGGGAAAACUACUUCUAUCACCAGAUUCUGCUCUUUGUUGUGGACCGGACAUUAAAGCAAGUAAUCGGAAGCCAAUGGACACUAAAAGGGCAGGUGGUAACAAUGGGCAUAGGGUUUUAGGAAUCCACAGCAAGAGAAACCGAACUAUCGGACUAGGUGAACGUGAGCAACUUGACAUUGUGGUGACUGAAUCCGUCAUUCGAUGGUCAUCGUGCACUCAACUCCCGACAUCUCUUAGGUCAUCUCUUGUAUGUUGAAAACACAAUGGCUUGUUGACAGAUUAAUUAAAAGAGUGCUUGAUGCAGUGUCCCAAGUUGGCAUGCCCGUGGAAGUUUUGCCUCCCUAACAUGUACAUGUUAUGUAUCUGUAUUUGAGUCAGGGUUGCUGUCUCUGUUUGAUGUUAGUUUUUAGAUUAGAUUUGGCGGCAAUUUGGUGAUGAUAUGUUUUCAUAUCAGGUAGAAGUUGUCUGAUUUUCUUCACCUUGUUUUUCUUUUUUCACCUUGGAAUGUCUAUUCUAUUCCCAUGAGUGUGAGGGAAAAUGGCAGUUUGCCUUGUUUGUAAAGGAAAGGUGUUUUGAUAGACAUAGUUAUCAAUAUCAUAACCUAGUGUUUUUGUAACUCAACUCUUCAAGCUUCUGUUCAUAUUUAGCCCUUCUGCCUUUCAAGUUUGACCAAA